AUGUUUCGCACCGCCUUGACGUCCAAGGCUUGUAGCAAUGGCCGUUCGAUUCUCAUCACAGCGCAGGGCGUUGCGACUACAAGCCGAAAUUUCGCCACAGUGUCACCCGUGAGUCCAGCUUCUCGAAGUCACAAGGUCGUGGUAGUCGGCGGUGGGAGCGCCGGCCUCGCCAUCAGCCACCAGCUCCUCCGGACGGGCAAGUUUGCCACGAAGGACAUCGCCGUCGUCGACCCGGCCAAGUGGCACCACUACCAGCCCGGGUGGACGCUGGUGGGCGGCGGGCUCAAGACCAAGGAGGAACUGCGCAAGCCACUGGACACGUUGCUGGAUCCCAAACUACAGUUCUACAACGAAGGAGUCAGUACCUUCUCGCCCGAGGAGAACCAGAUCACACUCAGCAACGGCGACAGGCUCGGCUACGAUCAACUUGUCGUGGUUCCGGGCAUCACCGUCAACUUCGACUCGAUCAAGGGCCUGCCCGAGGCUCUAGCAGACCCCGAUUCGCGGGUCUCUUCCAUCUACGGCUACGACACAUGCAACAAGGUGUUCGGCACCAUUUCAGGACUUCGUGAGGGCAACGCGAUUUUCACCCAACCCGCCGGCACGGUCAAAUGCGCGGGUGCGCCGCAGAAGAUCAUGUGGCUGGCACUGGACUUUUGGAAGCGGGCGGGGUUAUACGACGCCAGCAAAGGCGCCAAAUCGCCCAUCCAGAUCAGUUUCGCCACCGCCCUGCCGGGAAUGUUCGGUGUGCCUAAGUACAGCGCGCGGCUCAACGAGCUGCGACUGGAGCGGGGCGUGGAGGGGCUCUUCCAACACGACCUGGUCGCGGUGGAAGGCAACACGGCGACGUUUGCACGUCUGGACCAGAAGGACCAAGUCGUAACGCGGCACUUUGACCUGCUGCACGUGGUGCCCAAGAUGGGACCGCACUCAUUCAUACAAAAAAGCCCGCUAGCCAACGCCGCGGGCUUCGUCGACGUCGACGACGCCACGCUCCAACACACGCGGUUCGCCAACGUCUGGUCCGCAGGCGACGCGUCGAGCCUCCCCACCUCCAAAACGGCCGCGGCCAUCACAGCACAGGCACCCAUACUCAUCCACAACCUCAUACAAUCUCUCGAGGGCUCUCAGGGGCCCACCGCGAAAUACAACGGCUACACGUCCUGCCCGCUGACGACCGAAUACGGCAAGGUCAUGCUGGCCGAGUUCAAGUACGGCGGCGAGCCGCACGAGACAUUUGGCCGCCUGCUGGGUCUGGACCAGGGCACGCCCCGACGCGCAUUUUAUCACCUCAAAAAGGACUUCUUCCCCUGGGUUUACUAUCAGUCCAUGGUCAAGGGUACCUGGGCCGGGCCAAAGGGCUGGCUCUAA